GUGCAAGUUUCGAUAUCUAUCGAAAAUAAGUCAGAGGGACCAUUGUAAAUAGCAGAAAUUGCGUUUGAUAAUUAAAUUAUUAAUGAAAACAUGGCAACUUUAUUAAAAGCAGCCACCAGCACUUUCCGAGGAACGUUCUGGCAGACACGUAGGAUUGCAACAAGCACACCAUUGUUAAUAAAAGAAAUACAUGAGAAACUGGAAAACAAUGCACUGGUCUUUGAGGGCGUAAACGUGGCAUCACCACGUUCAGAAAAGAUGCUCAAACCUGCCUGUGCCAGCACCUUUUGCCCAGAGUGCACAUUGGGUUUGGACAUUAAGCACACGGACGUGCUAAUUUUAUCGCAAUACGUCCGUUCUGAUGGCUGCAUGUUGCCUAGACGUAUAACAGGAUUGUGUCAUCGGCAGCAAAAGAAGAUGGGCACACUAGUUACCAUGGCUCAAAAGGCUGGCCUAAUGCCGAACCUUGCGCCGUCUUGGAGCAAAAAGGACCCAAAGAAGAGAUUUGGAUGGCGCAAGUUUAACAAGUAUUUUUUGGAAUCGACGAUUAAAUACUAAAGCUAGUUUUAAUACCAUAAAAAAUGUAAAUGUUUUCCAUAUUAUAUG